UGCGUCAUACGCGUCGAAUCAUCCAGAACGCUUUACGACUGUUGACAUUUGUAUCUGCUUUCCUCAGUCGCAGUUCACAUUUCUAGUCAUGAAAGAGCUUCCUCUCUGAGCUUUGAGUAAAUGAGUGUUUUUGAUUUAUUCCGCGGCUUCUUCGGGGUCCCUGGAGGCAGCUUUCGAGGCAGAAGGGACCCUUUCUUUGAUGCAAUGACUCAUGAUGAUGAAGACGACGAUGAUGAGGAAGAUGGAUUCUACUAUGAUGGCUUCAGAAGGGACCAACAGGACCCCUUUGAUGGUGCUUGGAGGUUUGGCUUCAGCUUUGGGCCAGAUGGGACGAGGUUUCAGGAGCCUGCCGUGUUUGGACACGUUCUGAGGGAAAUGGAGGAGAUCUUCUCUCAGCUGGGCCGCUGGGAGGGACAUCCAGAGUCUGGACACUUUGAUGUACCCAGAAUCCUGCCACCAUCUCCUCAUCAGGAUAAAUCAGAGAGGAGUGGAGGCAGUGGGAACCCUCUGAGAGACUUUAUGCUCAAAUCGCCUAACAGUGACCCCCAAAGGUCACAGCAAGAGGACCUGAAUGAGAGUCGACCUUUCAAGUCUCCAGAUUUCCCCCAGUCGCCUUUUAAAGACUGGAGCCCUUUUUCUAAGUUCAAUGAUUUCUGGGGACAGGGGCCGCAGAGAACCCCACAUCCUGAACCUAAAGAAGACAGAGAUCUGGAUUCUGCAGUGUCAUCAGGUGGUCUAGAUCAAAUACUGACUCCACCAGUCGAUCCAACACCAAAUGAGCCCAGGAGCCGAUCCUUCUUCCAAUCGGUCGUUGUUACAAAGGUGGUCAAACCCGACGGGACUGUAGAGGAGAGACGGACAGUCAGAGAUGGACAUGGCAAUGAGAAGACCACUGUGACACGUUCAGGAGGUCCUGGGAGGCUGGAUGGACCGGAUCAGCACACGGCACCAGUGCUCCCUGGUGACUCGAACAGCUUCUCAGACCUACGGGAUGACAGCUCGUUAUUCUCCAGGUUCUUUGGAGGAUUUAAAUAAAAUGUAAACAGAAGUGCACUUUCUGAAAUGGUUGGUCACAGCAAACCAUCACUGAACUGACAGUAGUUUUCUAAGUAAUGACCAAAAUGGAUCUUGUAUCUUUACUCAAAUUUAUUCAAUUCAAUUUAGUUUAUUUAUAUAGUGCCAAUUCACAACACAUGUCGUUUUAAGGCAUUUUAUAGAGAUAAUUCAACCAGAUCAUACAGUCACAUUGGUUCAACGUUUUUUCAUGUAAGGAAAACCAGCCGAUUGCAUUGACUCAAUAACUCAAAGGCAUCCCUCACACCAAGCAUGCUUGCAGAGACAGGAAAGACGCAGCUAGGCAGAGGGGGAAAGGAGAGCACAUAGUUUAAAA